GAGAUAACAAUUUUGUAUAAGGUUUCAAUCUCAGCGUUAUCAAGCAUUGUCUAGCACAACAUUCUGAAGCAAACACGGGCAUAACUACUUUGAACACUGAAGAUGGCUCCACCAUUUGAACUCGAUACCUCCCCGCUUAAUGAGGCGGCAAAAAAAGUAGCCGAAGAAGAACUGCGAGAAACACCCGAAGUUGUACAACAAGGAAUAAAAGAACUCCGAGAGCUCUUGAAGAAUGACCCAUCAUUGAAUUUCAAAGAUGAUGAUGAAACACUGAUAACGUUUUUGAGACCGUGUAAAUUUUAUCCCAAGAGUGCACUUGAUUUGAUGAAACGUGUUAGCGACUUCAAAAAGAAGAAUAAGGACGUUGUUGGAAACUUAAUGCCCGAAGAUGAAAAAGAUGCCUUUACCAAUUACAAUGUCGUAAAUGUUUUGACUAACAGAGACCAUAAAGGCAGAAGAGUGCUCUUGGUUAACGUGGGAGGUUCAUGGGACCCUUCUAAAGUAACAGCAGAUCAAUUGUUCCGCCUCUUUUUCCUUAUUCACGAAGCUGCAGUCUUGGAGCCGGAAACCCAAGUUCGUGGUGUUGUGGUCAUAAUGGAUUUUAACAAUCUAGGUAUGAAGCAGAUUGGAGCUUUGACACCAGCUGUCAGUAUGAGACUGCUCAGCUUUAUACAAGAGGCUAUGCCACUAAGACUUAAGGAAGUCCAUAUGGUUAAACAACCACUUAUCUUCAAGAUGGUUUGGGCAAUUUUCAAACCCUUUAUUAAAGACAAGCUACACAAGAGAAUUUUCUUCCACGGUGACAAAAUGUCCAGUUUGCACAAACAUAUGGACCCAUCACAUUUACCUGGUGAUUAUGAAGGAAAACUGCCCAACAUAAAUUACACUGGAGCCGACUGGUAUCCUUGUAUUGAGAAAUACAAAGAUCAUAUUGCAACUUGGAACAAGUUUGGAUAUGCAGAGAAAUAGUUUGUGAAGCAACCUAUACAUAAUUUUUUCGUUUAACUGGAUAUUAAAAAAUAAUCACAAGGUUAUAUUUGUCAAGUAGUAAAACAUAAAUAAGUAUAUAAAAAUGUAAAUUACAGAUAUAUUAAAAAUUAUGUGAGAAUUAUAAA